GUGAUAAUCCUCAAUGGUGAAGAUUAGUCAAGUUCUUGCAACGACAAAGUGUUCAUCUUGAGUUCUCAAUUCUCACUAUGUGUUGAGAAGUCUUAUUCGAGAGAUAUUACGACCGCUUUAUUAGUAUAAUAUUAGUUUAUAGUUCGUUUUAGAGUGUAGUGUCUAAUUUUCAAGCUUGACAAGAUGUAUUUACAAUUGGCAAGCAUUUGCGCAUUUAUGCACGCCGUGGCCGGAAUCUCAGUAGCUUCGACUUCAUCUCCAUACACAAAUCCGGUAACCGAACCCAACUACGCAUCUCCAAGCACCGUCGAACCAUCGGCAGAUUACAAACUUCCAAAUCAAUACCCAUACUCGAGACAAUUCUUCGAACCAAUAUUCACACCGAGUAACCAAUACGCCGAAUCACUCACUUCUCCCAGUCCUGUCAGCGGAAAGCAAUUUUUACUACAUCGUUUUCCAUUUUUCCCAUCUUUAAGCAGUCCUUACAAUCAGCAACCGUCUCCUUAUGAGCAACCCGGAUAUCUUGGUCAGUCUCCUUACGGUGGUCUUCCAGCUUACCCAAAUCAACCCUUGUACGAACCACAUUAUCCUUUAACUUAUCCUCAGAAGUUUGCCAGAAAUCCAUACGUUCCAGAUUGCGAUUACCAUGCUCCAGCUUUCAGGAACACUAAACCUUUGUUGUUUUAUCCCAGUAAACCUGAUCCAUUUUUAGAUUCUCAAAUUUUAGCUAAACCUAGUAACUCGUUGUUUAGAUAUCAACCACCGCCAUAUGGCGCAAAUUAUGCUAAUAAUAUUUAUCAUUGAUGUGCAUAGGUAGGUGUUUAUCUUUCGAUGAGAUAUUUUCAGUACAUAUUAUUUAUUUCAAUUCAAAUAUGAUUGUAUAGAAACGAUGUGAUCGUAUUCAUCUAAUGAGCUUUUUAAGUGUACUUUUUAAUAAAUAGAUUUCAAAUCGAA